AUGAUACGACCCAAAAGCUCCACUGGAAUUGAUGUUCCUGGUGAUACAAGCGUGGCAGAGCAGAGACGUUUCGGCUUUCGGCUUCUACCGACAAUUGCCCAUGCCUUGAACGAUGGCGGGUUUCCGAGUACUGUCUUCGAUCCAAAUGAAGAUGGCAAGCCCGACUACUCAAUAUGGAACGUUAUGCUCGAUGGCUCUCUAAGUAAGGGUCAUCAGCGAGAUGGAUACUACCCCGUGGAGAUCGUCUCGCCAGUACUGGAUGCGGAUACGGAUGGAAAAUGGUCAGAAUUGGUCGGUAGAUUAUGGAGAACUCUGCUACAAUCUUUCGAGUUUCGGUUGGAUUCCACUUGUGGAUUCCACAUUCACCUCUCCUUCUCGCAAGGAGAUAUUAGCAUGUCACAGCUAAGAAACCUCGUAAAGGCUGUAGCAUUUUAGGAGUCCGCUACAGCCCGCCAUUGCCCUCUUUCUCGACAAGACAGUGUGAUUCCUUUUUGUGCUUCCAAUACCCGGGCUCCAGAGGUACGAAGAAUGCUGCAAACGCAUGGUCCCCUGAGGGGAUUGGCAAACCUUUUUGCAACUAUCGACUGCCUUGAACGAGACGAUAUCGUGGAUCUGAUGAGCCCAAGCAAGUUCUACGCGUGGAACUUCUUGCCAUUUCGGACAGAUGGCCAUGGAUCU